AUGGCAGCAGCUUCUUCAUCAACUUCAUUUUAUGGGGCAAGAUCAGACGAAGAACAACAUGUUUCUUCAAUACCUACAUCUUCUGCAACUAUUCAAUCAGCAGCAGCUCAACAGAAGAAGAAGAGAAGCCUUCCAGGAACUCCAAAUCCAGAUGCGGAGGUGAUAGCGUUGUCACCAAAGACCCUAAUGGCAACAAACCGGUUUAUAUGUGAAGUAUGCAACAAAGGGUUUCAAAGGGAACAAAACUUGCAACUCCAUAGAAGAGGACACAAUCUACCAUGGAAGCUAAAGCAAAAGAGCAACAAAGAAGUCAAGAGGAAGGUGUAUCUAUGCCCAGAGCCUUCAUGCGUCCACCAUGACCCUUCUCGUGCAUUAGGAGACCUCACUGGAAUCAAGAAACACUAUUCCAGAAAGCAUGGCGAGAAGAAAUACAAGUGUGAGAAGUGCUCCAAGAAAUAUGCGGUUCAAUCUGACUGGAAGGCUCACUCUAAAACUUGUGGCACCCGUGAAUACCGAUGCGAUUGUGGCACCCUUUUCUCAAGGCGUGACAGUUUUAUCACGCAUCGGGCUUUUUGUGAUGCAUUAGCUCAAGAAAGUGCAAGGCAUCCGUCAGCUCUUGGCUCUAUGGGUAGUCAUCUUUUUGGAAGCCAUCUUAGUAAUUCGAUGAAUUUAGGUCUUUCCCAAUUACAUGAUCAAAACCACCAAUCAUCUACUACCAAUAUGUUAAGCCUUGGGAAUGCCAACUUCGAGCAAGUUAUGCUCCCACCAAGUCAAACACCUCUGUUCCCACAAUCCCAGCAGCAACAAAUGGCGAAUUCAUCGUCUCCUUUCUUUUUAUCUGAUCCAAACCAAGGGUUGAACCAAGUGUUCGAUUAUGAUCAACAAAACCAGCAACAUGGGUUAAUGGGAAACAAGCCAAAUAUUCAUGGGUUGAUGCAACUUCCUGACCUACAUAACAACAAUACCAAAAUCACUCCUAAUCUUUUCAACUUAGGGUUCUUCUCAGGUAGUAGUAAUCCCACGAAUGGUUUGAAAACCAGUGACAACGAUACCCAAAAUAACUCGAAUAUGUCAUCUUCUGGUUUCAUGCUUCCUGAUCAUCAAUUCAACAACGGAGGUGGAAGUCAUGACAUGUUCCUCAACAGUAAUAAUCCGCAUCAAGAAAGUCAAAUGACACCCCACAUGUCUGCUACAGCCUUGCUGCAGAAGGCAGCGCAGAUGGGUUCUACCACAAGCAACAAUAACGCAACCACACUGUUGAAAAGCUUUGGAAGCUCUUCCACGGGCACUGUUGGUGGUGAUGCAAAAACACAUACAGGUCGCCAAAGUCUAUCUGCCACCAGCUUUGAUGUUAGAGGAGACCAGUCUUUACAAUCAGAGAUGGAGAGUGAUAAUCAGCUACAAGGACUUAUGAAUACUCUUAGAAGUGGUGGAGCUCCAUCUAUGUUUGAUGGGUAUGGGGGGAAUCGAAAUAGAAACAUGAAUUUUGGGAACAUGAAUGAGGCUAGCAAGUUUAAUCAAAACAACUUCUCUUUAAGUGUUGGAAACUCGAAUAGAACGACUCUUGAUUUUCUAGGUGUGGGUUACUCGCAGAGAGAACAACAACAACAACCACAGCAGCAACAACAACAACACCCUGGUCGUAUCAACAUAAGUUCACUGGACACAAAAAUGGAUUCAUCGUCAACCCAGGCAAAUCAUGCACAUGGUGGAUCAUCCAAACUGCAAGGAAACUGA